AUGGUGUGUGAUUGGUGGACAACUCAGGGAUGGUCUGUAAAGGCUAGCAUUCAAGUGGCUCUUCCUAAGCUGUUGAGCACCAUUUCCUCUAUUGUAAUCCCUAACUUCAAUGUAGAAGACAAACUGGUCUGGAAAAGCAAUACAAAUGGUGAAUUAAGCUUCAAAACAGCCUAUAACAUUAUUACUAAACCUUCUCCCUCUAAAUUCAGGUCCAAUUUCCCUUGGGAUAAGGACUCUCCCCCUUCUCAAUCUAUGGUGGUUUGGAGAUACAUUCAUCGCAAAUUACCUACUCAUGAUAGCUAUGUCAUCCGUGGAUUUUCUCUUCCUUCAAUGUGCUCUCUCUGCCAUUCUUCUCAGGAAACAAUGGAUCGUCUCUUCUUUGGCUGCAAGUUUGCUACCAAUUUAUGGAAGUGGCUCAAGCUGAAGUGUGGCAUUAAUUUUAACUUCCAAUGCUAUAAUGAUUGUCUGAAGCUGUUAGAUUUUCCCUGGUCUGCUCAAGCUCUUUCUGUCCUUAAAUCCAGCUUUGUUGGAAUAUUUUACCACACUUGGAGGUCUAGAAAUAAGGUUCGUCAAGAGAAUCUUCGCAUCCAUUGUCAAUCUUGUGUUGCGUCUGUGGCUGCCCAGGCUAAGAUGGCUGGAAACACCUCCUGUAGAAAAUCCAACUCGACUAUCUCGAGCUUCGCGAUGCUUAAAAAAUUUGAUGUUAAUUUGAAUCCUAGAAAUUCUUCUACUUUUGUAGAUGUUCUUUGGUCUCCUCCUCUUCAAGGUUGGAUAAAAUAUAAUGUGGAUGGUGUGGCUAAAGGAUCACCUUAG